UCGCCCGCGCCGCUUAUCAUUUUCUUAGCUUUAAUCUGUUAUAAACGUAUGACUUUGACACGUACAGGACGUCAAUAUAUCAUUGUAAUGACUGAUCGGCUGAGCUAGGAUACUGGAUAGUUAUUAUAACCCAGCCACCAUAGUUGCUCUGUUAGUGUGAGUAUGGUAGACGGCUACUCAUGGAGUGAUGAAUGAUAAAUGGCAUGGCAGAGAAUUUUAAGAGGAGAUUCAGUUUCAGACAUCUGAGUUUCAGAAAGGCCAAAAAGCAACCUAUUCGACCCAGAUCAUCCAUCGAUGUCACAGAUUCUAAAACAGAAUUGAAAACAGAAUUUAAAAGAUCUGCAUCAGUGAGGCCAGCGAGUGCAUCAAGAGAAAGAUCAGGUGGAUCCAGUGUGAGGAGAGAUGCUCCUAAGAGACCCUCUGUAGCAGGAAAACCUAUUCGACCCAGAUCAUCGAUCGACCUCACAGAUUCAUCUAGAACAGAAGUAAAAAGAAGAGCCCCAUUGAGGCCAGCGAGUUCAUCAAGAGAAAGAUCGGGGGCAUCUAGUGUGAGGAGAGAUGUUACUAAGAUAUCCUCUUCAGCAGACUGGAAUGAUGUUUGGAGCAAGCCAACGAUCGGUCAAGCCCUGCACUCCUUCACAGCUAUCCUUCGCUGCGACUUGACCUUUGAAGCUGGUGACCAGAUUCUGAUUCUGACCAGGACCAGCAAACAGUUUGAUUGGUGGGAGGGGACAGUCAGAGGUCAAACGGGUAUCUUUCCGGCCAAUUUCAUUCAAGUACUCGACUGACCGCACCCUUCACUCACUUUCAAACCAAUCAUUGCUUUUUGAGAUCUUAAAGCCACAUUGUACUACUUGUAGCUACUUGCUCCCUCUACAUAGAAAACUUCCCCAA